AUGAUUUUUGAAUAAAUAAAUGUCACUCCUUAAUUUCAAUCAUUUUUAAGGGUUUAGAAAAAAGGGUUACUUAAUUUAUUCAAUACAAUAACAGUAAUUUGGAGAUUGAUAAAUUCAAGUCCUACAAUAUUUACAACUCAGAACACACAGUUGUAUAUUUGAAUUAUAAUAAUAGAAUUAUCUGA